CUGUUUCCUUAGAGUGUCCCAGGAUGAAGUCGCGAAUAUUUUGCUUUAUCGCCAUUUUCGUUGGCACGCUCGCGUUCUACGUGCUUGCUAUCCCAGUAUCGACUACGGUGGAAUCAACGACGUCAACGACACAGGAGAACAUCAAUUGCACUAAUCCGAACUUCAAGACGUACAUAUAUUGCCUUAAGAGACUGAAGAGACACCAUCAUAACAAUGACGAUCCGAAUCAUGGAGAAUAUGACGAAAUAUGCAAGACGUCGUGUAUGAAGAAAUGCGAGUACGAACGUUCGACAAGUGACUGUCAAGAUUAUUGUAGUUACUGUUUACGAAGAACGAAGCACAAGCAACAGGUGAUCACUGAAACCGAGUACGAAACCGAAAGUGCAAAAACAACCGUUUGUAAGAAUAACACUGACUGCGAAGUACAUCCAAAGGAUAGUAAACCUUUCAAUAUCACGGUUAUAGUGGAUGUUAAUACCAGUUCGGCCAAUGGAUCAUCAAGUGUAUCUCCACCGGUAGUCUUCCCUCCGUUCCCUCCAUAUCCUCCAUAUCCUCCAUAUGCUCCGUUUCCUCCGUAUCCUCCCUAUCCUCCCUAUCCUCCACAUCCUUGGAGUCCUCCAAGGCAUCACUGUAAUCAGCAAUCGUGUUGCUGUCAUGAAUCCUCGCAAACACAUUGGCAGCCCGGCACUCCAUGCCCCCAACCUCAACCUCGUCCGAUUGGAUACGAUUGCUCGGUAUGUAACUAUCCGCAGACAUACUACCUGUGCACCAUACUUUGUUUACAAAGGCCUGUCCACCAGCCUUGUGUAAGUCCAAACUGUGUGGGAGGAAAGUCUGAGGCACGGCCCUCCAUUGACCAUUUCGUAGACCAAGUACAUAUCUAAAGUUAAAUGGUUGCGAAAUAUUCUUUGGUAUAAUCAACAUUGUUAUCAUAACUAUCGAACGAAAAAAACAUGGUAAAUGAAUAUUCAUAAAAGGUGUCUCGAAGAAGUCUGUAUGUGAGAAUCAUUACAUUAUUUAGUAUUAAAGUGAUGCGUAUUAAUUCUCUUAUUUACUCAUAUAUUUACGUAAUAAUAUCGCACUAUAACUGCAGUAAAUAAUCACGCUAAUCAAAUAAUCAUUUUAUCAAAUAUUAAUAAGUAAUCAAAUCUUUGUGUACAGAAUGUUGUAACUCAUACGUAUUCUCAUAUCAUCAUAGAAAUCGUUAUCAAAAAAGGAGGAAACAUUUUCUGAAUAAUGUUUAAAUUACAAAAGUACCAGUUCAUUCAUAAAUUUAGGAAAACGAUGAGCCUACUUUGUUUAAAAAUAUGAUUUUUUUAAUUAAAAUUGGGAUAUCAAUUUUAAAACGUUCAUAAAAUAAAAGUUAAGCUGGUACAAUACAAUAAUAAUAACAAUACGUCCUUAUAUUGUAAUCUGUACUGCUGGAGACUAAAGAGAUCUGGAGACUAAAGUGAUUUUCUGUGAUAAUAUAAAAAAUGCCGAGUCAGCGAUAAUAAUGCUACCGAUGUAAUCGUUUAUAUUAAUUGAUCACAUAAAUGACAUUACUUGUUGUAUUCGAUUGAUUACGUGCGUUACGAAAGUGUGAAAAUUCUGAUCAAUAAGAACGCCGCGCUAUUCAGAUCAGAUCUCUUCAGUACGCAACAGUACACGAAUGUUUUUGAUAUUCAUGAAUAGACUACGGAUUUAAUGUAUUUUUGACAUUCACUAGCGUAGACAAUAUAUGUAUAAUAUGCAAAAAUUAAAAAAAAAAAGUAUGAAUUACCUACAGCACUGCGCCUGUGUGAUGCAAUCUGCAUAACGCUGAAGCCUCUUAAUUGCAUACCUAAUGGCGUUGUAUUGAACAGUAGAAAUACUAAACUGGCAACAGUUUUCAGUUCUAAUUGAUCCAGGAUAAUUUAGUUUACAAGUAAUUUUUUAAUAAUAAUAUAUGAUAUAGAAUACAUAACAGAUAUUCUUACAUCAUUCAUUGGUAUGUCUAAUUGUUGCUUUAUUCUUCGUGUUCAGCACUACUUAAGCAUUUUUAACACGCGAACCUUUCUUAUAAGGUGAAAUUAUUAACAAUCACCAUUUUUUUUUCGAAGUCUAUAGAUACGGGCAAAUUAAUGUAAUCAUAACCAUUCUCACUAUGUAAAGAAUUUUCUGAAAGAAAUUUGAAGAUUUUGUUUUUUAAUAAAACACAAAUGACAUUAAAUGUACAUGACAUUUUUAAUUUUAAAUAAAUCAUUUCAUAAUUACAAUUAAACUUAAAACAUGACAUUAUUUAAGUGUCUAGCAUAACUACGCUGACAGUAAUUAGUUAUUAAAUAACAAAAUCCUAAAACCUCUUUUGGAAAAGGCUUUACAAGUACAUGAACAUGUUAUUGUGAUGGUCAAAUUAUCAUAUUUAUUUUAAGAUGUUCUACUCUACAUUAUAAUUUUGUAUUUUGGAGUGUAUAUUACUUUAAAUAACAAUGCUUAUAUCCACUA